CCUCUCAUCAGCACUGUUGUUAAAUUAGCGUCAUUACUGCUGAGCGCUGUUCCACCGCCGGCCUCUGGGUGGCGGUAUAACUUUUGCCGGCGCUGACCGUCACUCCUCCUUUUCCAAGAUGUCGGUUUACGGGCCAGUGGUGAAAAUUCACCCGGUGGUUCUCGCUUCUAUCUGCGACUCUUACGAGCGGAGAAAUGAGGGUGCGAGUCGUGUUAUCGGGACCCUUUUGGGUGAGUAGGAAAAUUAGGAGUAUUAUUAAUCCGCUGGGUCGACUCCUCCGUGAUAAAAACAGGUGAUGGAUAGUUAGCCUACGUUAGCUUGGAUGCUAACCUGACGCAUGCCGAUUCUGGCAAGUGCAGCUGGAAACCUACAUCUACGAAGUGUUAUCGUUUUUCUCAUAUUUUGACGAUGUAAAGUCGCGAGUGAUCAUUUUAAGCGUUUUAGCUGGCUUACAGUGCUUUAGUUGUAGGUUAAAUAACGAUGUAUUGUUGUUUUGUCUCUCAGGUACUACAGACAAACACUCUAUUGAAGUGACCAACUGCUUCUCUGUCCCACACAACGAGUCAGAGGAUGAGGUAUUUAUCAAAUUCAUCAUUUCACGGUGUUUUAUGCAUGUUUGGAGAAAUUGGACUGAAUUGCAUGAACACAGCUGUCAGCUUUGUUUGCAGAAAGUGGUCCUGCAGGGUGGAGACAGGACAGGACCCCUUUGUUUGGCCAAAUCCUGCUGUUUUUUUUUUGUGGGGGGGAGGACUGAAUAAAACCCAACCUUAAAAUCAGUGUAACUUAUUCCGUUUAUACUGUUGACCCUGUCCGUCACUGACCAGAAACACCCCACAAGAACUGCAGUUUAGGGAAAUUUUCUGACCCUUGACAAAGUCGCUUACAUCCUUACACUGAGCCAGUUCUCCAACUUUUUCAGGCGUAAAUUUAAGUUAAAGUCAAACACAGCGUAACACAGAUUUAGACACCCCGUCAAGAGAUGAAUAUUGCCGACCGCUUGCUUCUCUAGUUAUACCAACUUUAGUCACGACCUCACGAUAACAAUACACAGCAGUCUGAGGAGCCAUAAGCGACCUUGUCAAGGACCAAACUGUGAUGGCUGGACAAGUGGGUCAGAAAAUUUCCUAAACUGCAGUUCCUGUGGGAUGUUACAGGUCUGAAGCAGGAGUAAGCCCAGUCACAGACAGGGUGCUGUUCUGAGCAUUAUUAGUGGCUAUAGAGUGGCCUUUCGGUUGAGGUUUGUUUAUGGCUCCUCAGACGUCUGUGUAUUGCUAUCCUGCGGUUGUUACCAAAGUUGGUAUGACUAGAGAAGCAAGCGGUCGGCAACAUUCAUCUCUCGACAGGGUGUCCAACUCGGUUUUAUGGUGUGUUUGACCCUAAAUUAUUUUAACGCAGGAAUAUCCCUUUAAGGACAUAAUGUUCACUCGCUGCCAGGCACAUCCCACCUACUGGCAGGUUUCAGGAUCAUAAGUUGUCUUCUAGGAGAGAAACUUGUCUGAGAAUUUACACAUCGUUUUAAAACUGGGAAAUAAAAUAUCUCGGGUAAAUAAGAGAAGAAGAAAUGUAUUUAUCCCUGAGGGGAAAUUCGAUUAGAAUAGCCAUUCUGUUCAGUGAAAAAGAGAGAAUAUAGAUUCAGCUUUGUUGAUUGGAAGACCCAUAUAAAUGAAUUAAAUUGCCUUGUCAAGUAAAAGAGGUAUUUUGUCAAGAAAUAUCAUACGUCAAGUUCUACCCUCUUUUCUAACAGGUUGCUGUGGACAUGGAGUUUGCCAAGAACAUGUACGAGCUCCACAAGAGGGUGUCUCCCACUGAGGUCAUCGUUGGAUGGUGCGUCAGCUGUUGGGAUUUGAGGUUCAAAGUUAGAUCUUCGAGGGUCAGACAUGUUUCCUCACUUCAUUGGUGUCUUUCCUCUCAGGUAUGCCACAGGCUUUGACAUCACAGAGCACUCUGUGCUCAUUCACGAGUACUACAGCCGGGAGGCCACCAACCCCAUCCACCUGACCAUAGACACAGCUCUGCAGAGCGGCAAGAUGAACAUCCGCGCUUACGUCAGGUUGGCUGAUCCUCCUGCCUCCAGGAGCUUUGUUUAAAAACUGAGGAUGUGUCUUUGAACGUGACUGUUUAUCCUCUGUGUGCAGUGCUCAGAUGGGUGUGCCCGGGAAAACGGUUGGUGUGAUGUUCACACCGCUGACAGUCAAGUACAUCUACUACGACACCGAGAGGAUAGGAGGUAAGAAAACAAAGAAUAAAGAAGACAAAGAAAUAUACAUGAUUGGGGUGGAAGUGUACAUAAAUGCCUCUGAUAUUGUGAUAUUCUUCACUCUCCCAAACUUUGUCCUGAUCAAAUCGACCUCUGAAGACAAUCCAAUAGUUUCAUUUUUUCAUGAUCAAUCAAAGUCUCCGUUAACAUUGAGAUUGCAGCGCUACCUUCUGAAACUUGCACCUGUAUUUUGUUCUCAGUGGAUCUCCUGAUGAGGACACGAGUCACUCCCAGUCGCACCAAGGGGCUGACCUCCGACCUGUCCCAGGUAGCCUGCUCUGCAGCCAGAGUCCAGGAUAUGCUGGCCACUGUGCUGGCGUACAUCGAGGAUGUGCUGGUGAGUGACUUUCUGUUUCCGUGCGCACAUGAAGAUGAAUCGACACCUUUUCUAGUCUGCUCUGUAUGAAUCCGUCCGUCUCUGGGGAUCGUUUGUAGAGUAAUUACAUUUAACGCUAAUAGUGUCUGUGAGUUAAUUCAGCUCUAUCUGUCUCAGUCUGGCAAAGUGACAGCAGACAACAGUGUGGGCCGCUUCCUCAUGGACCUGGUCAACAAGGUGCCCACCAUCUUACCCGAGGACUUUGAGAACAUGCUCAAUUCUAACAUCAACGUAAGUGCGCCCCAUCAGCCGGGAGUAUGAUUCAGUUUCUCACAUCAACAACCCCGUGAAUCCAAACACCCUGGAGAGUUCCUCAUCUGCUGGAUGCAGCUCCUUCACCCUUUUCCUCUUGAUUUACUCUCUGCUCUCAGGCUUGUUCUCAGCGCAUUGGCACUCACAUUACAGAAAGCAUUUAAUUAGACUUUGCUUUCCUAUUUUUAGUGCUCUCCAGGCUCAACUUGUCUAAUACUUCUCUGCUAAGUACUUGUCCAGCAUACACAGCCAUUCACACACCCCGAGCUCUUGUUUUUACAGCCCUCACCUGUUUGUUUUAGCAGAAAAGGCAAACUCUGUGAUACUCAUCAGGAAUCCGAUUAUAAGACCAUGUUGUGAAUUCUGUUUUGUCGUUGCAGGACCUGUUGAUGGUGACCUACCUGUCCAACCUGACCCAAGCACAGAUUGCUUUGAAUGAGAAGCUGGUGCUGCUCUGAGGUGGUUUCUUUAGAGUGAUCUGUAUUUAAUUUUGUAUUCUUUUUUUGGCUGGGAUGAAUAAAGAUGUAAAACAGUCACACAGCUGCAGGCGCGAUCACUGGUAGUUUAAUAAUCAUGACUCAUCAUCGGGGAUGUAAAUCUUGUGGAUUUGUCCAGAAUUCGUGAUUUUACAACCUGUGAAGUCCACAUACGGGACUUCGAAUUAUUGAGGAGGACUGUCAGUGUUGUUCUGCUCCAGCUCAACCAGAUAUGAGCUCCGAUAUCAGCACAAUUCAGCAUGGAGGUGGUAGUUCCAUGGUAUGGGGAUGUUUUGCAGGUGAUAGAGUAGGAGAUUUGUUCGAAGUAAAGGGUAUCAUGAAGAAGGAACAGUACCACUCCAUCCUCCAGCACCAUGCUGUUCCAUCUGGACUCAGACUUGUGGGUCAUAAGUUUGUUUUGCAUCAAGACAAUGACCCUAAGCACUCUGCCAAGCUCUGUCAGGGUUACCUAGACAAAAAAGAAGAGGAAGGUGUUCUUGUUCUUGUUCUUGGCCCCCUCAGUCUCCAGACCUUUCUCCAAUUGAGUUUGUGUGGGAUGAAAUGGAUCGAUCGGUCAGAAAAGCGCGUCCCACGAAUCAGCAGUCUCUUUUUGAAUGAACUUAAGAAAGCUUGGAAUGCAAUCCCUGGAACAUACCUUAAAAACUUAUGGAACGAAUGCCUGGUAUAUGCCAAGCUGUUAAAGCCAGAGGAGGUUACUUUAAAGAAAGCAAAGUCUGAGCAACAAUAACUCAAAUACCUAAUAAUUACAGUCAAAAUGUCUUCUGAUAAGUUACUCUUCACACAAUAGUCAUGUUUAUUGUGUUGCAAAGUAUUUUAAUGAAACUAUGAUCUGGUACAAAUCUGAUCUUGCUUCCAAACUUUUGGCCUGUAGUGUAUGUAGUUAAAUAUGGGGAAUUAAAUCAUCAGACAGUCUUCAAGCAAAGAUACUUUAAUAAUGUAAGACAGCGGUUUUUUAAUAAAUCUCUACAUAAAUAUACAUUCAGAUCAGAGGCAGAAGUUCUGUUCAGUCAGGUUGUGACAGACCAUGCCCGGCCUGAGUUAAAUUCGUAAAAGCAUAGUGCAAAAAGUGGGCAUGAGGAAGUCACACUGCAUGUCUACAAUCUACAAUUUGAGGAACUGCUGCUGAUUGUUAUUGCUAAGUUAUUGCAGGGAUCACUCUCGGAGCCUUCAGGGUUUACUUUCAGAGUCUUUCUCCUCCACCUUCUCGGGGUUUUUCUCCGGUUUCAGGGUCUUCUCCAGGGCGGCGUAGGUCUGCACGGCGCGCUCAUACACAGAGUCUCCGGUUGACUUGGCGAUGGCCGCAGCCUGCUCCGGGUAGUACAGGGAGGUAGUCAGGGUCAUCAUGCCCGUGGGGUAGAUCAGCUUCUUAAUCCUGGAGCCUCUGCCGAGAAACAGCCCCAGGACUCCGGUGAAGGCGAUCACUCCUGCCCGGGGGUAGAAGUCCUUGGGCGGGCUCUUCAGGAAGUUGUAGGUGUCGUUUCCAAAGCGGACCACACUCUGAACUUUGGGUUUGAUUUUGCCGUAAGUCCCCUGACACCAGUCCGUGUACGGCUCCAUAACUUUCCUGAGGGUGGCGACACUCUCCUCCAGCUGACCCGCUUCAGGCUCCACAUACUUCGGCGGAGGAGGAGCGGUGUACAGAGACAGCUCGUCCCGGUGGAUGGAGGUGGUCGGCUCGUCCUGUCCGUCCCCGGCAGCAGCGAACACGGUGGUCGGUGUCAAACUCAGAGCAGCCGGCAUUGUACUACUACCUGUCACCUUCAAUAUGAACCCUGCUGGCCAUGCAUGAACUACGGCGCCCGGGCAGGGACGGAAUAGUCGAAGCGAGAACACCGGUGUUGUGGCGUAGAAUGCACCCCUUACGGGAGCGCGGUUAAAAGUACAUAACGAGGCGAAAUAAUCCAAGUUUUCCUUAUUACUGGAUGGUUUUAAAAGCGUGUGCCUUUAAUGAUUUAAUUCAGGCUAUUCAGAUAAGCCAAAAACAACAGCCCUUUGAUUCUGAAUAUUUGCUGUCCCGAAAAUAUAACGUUCUCUACCUUGACAGCUAACGGUACAGUUUAUACACAAGUUCACCUCUAUAUGUGCAUUUUUGAGACACAUACAAACAGAACGAAAGUUUGCUGCUCUAUUUGACAUGAUUUCAAGAUCUAAUACUCGUGUUUUUUUAAAUAUAGGAUCAUUUUCUUCCACUUUAAGAAGCCAACGAGGGGAUGGGAUGCAAGGGGUGCAUUCUACGGCAUAACACCGGCUUAACGGUUGAAUCCUGUUACAUGUCUGAGUUACUGUAGAAGCACAGACACUAACGAUGCUUUUCAGCGUUUUUCUGAUACGUUUACUAUUUCUGGUUGACCAGAAGUUAUUCACAUUACACAAUGAUAUACAAUUUCUAUGUUAUAAAUUAAUUUGUUCACAGAAGUAGUUGUAGUAGUAGCAUUUUGCC